AUGUCUUCUGAGGCAAUAAGCACUACCACUACUCUGGUAUCCGCAGUCACAUCCAGAAGUCAAGAUAACAGCCCUACCAGUCCUGAAAGUAGUCAAGGUGUACAGCUUCAGAGUCCCUCACACGAUAGCCCGGGAGACGACGAAGAGAAAGGACCAUCCAACAAAUCGUCAAACAAAACGACAGCACCGAGAAAAGAAAAACAAUGGACGCAAGGCGUACGACUGUGUAUCUAUGUCAUGAUUGUAAUCCUCGCGAUCAACCUCAGCAUGACGGUGACUUUCGCGCUCCUGGCACGCUCCAAAAAAUCCAAAAACAUAUUCUACGAAGGGGAUUGUGACACGGUAAAUGGGACAUCGAUCGGACUCGGCCUCCUAGUAAAUGCCGUUGGCGUCGCCUUGACUGCUACGAGCAAUUACUGCUGCCAGAUUGUCACGGCCCCGUCCAGAGAGGAAGUUGAUCGGGCUCAUAGUAGACGGACAUGGGUGGCCAUUGGGUCCCAGAGCAUCACUAAUAUCUGGCUUGCUGCUCCAUGGCGCAAAUUGUUGUGGUUGGUGUUGUGUGCCACCUCGAUUGCGGUCCAGCUGGUAUACAAUUCCUUCGUGCAUACCGUGGUUGGGCCCAACGACUUCGGGGCCGUGGUGAUAUCUUCUAAUUCCACCCCUUUUACCACAGAGUUCGCCCCUGAGUCGCAAUUCGAGGAGACGAUCGGAGUCAGUACAAAUGAGUUUAAAGAAAAUUUCAAAAACGGGGACUUUGAAGAGCUGCAAGAUGAGACGAAUUACUAUGGCGACACGAUAGACGUACCAGGAUUGUGCGAAUCAAAGGUCCAUCCUACCCAGUUGAUGAAAACACGCCUCACGUUGCUCCUUGCAAGUGACAGCAUACCGGCCAACAAAAGUACCAUUUGGAGGUGUGUUACCGACUCCUUUCUCCGACUGCAUGGGGAAAUGGAGUAUACAACGGCUUCAUCCGAGCUCUCAGGAUCUAACAGCUUGUGUGACUUCUCUGUUGAUUCGAUAAAUGGUUAUGUUGUCCAACAUUGCUGGAGCAAAACAAGCGAAGCGCAAUGUCGAAUGGUAUACAAUCUUCCCAUUGGAUUAAUUGUGACUGGGUGCGUUGCAGCAAAAUUGAUUGGCAUACUUCUUAUUAUCUGUGACCAUCGCGAGGAGAUCCUUCUGACGACAGGCGACGCCAUUGCCUCUUUUCUGCAAAGACCCGAUCCUAUAACAGCCGAUACUUCUCUUCUCGCCCAUCCACACGUACCACGUCGGCAAGCCAUGAAUAACGAGGUACACCUGUCCUGGCGAGCCAACUUCCCUAUAGACUCUCUACGGCAUACCCAACACCGAGAUGCAACAACUUCACCGCCGGCACGCCCAACCUACCCCUGCAUAAAGUGGUAUAUAUGGAAAGAUGCCGUCCCACGCUUACUACUCUGGCUCCUAAUCACUGUAGCCACAGCCUCAAUCGGAAUAAGCUUCAUCCCCUUGACCAGCAACAUGCCCAACGAAUCAGGCAAGUCGGUCGCGACCAGCGUCUUCUCGGAGAUCUUUCCGCCAGCCCUAGACACGCGUCUUUCAGAGGAAAACUUCGCCUGCUUCGUGCUAGUCGUCAAUUCCCCCCAGGUCGUCGUCUCAAUGAUAUACUACCUCGUCAACAACGUGCUCACAAGAAUGCUUCUCGCAGCCGAGUACACCAGCUACGCCAUAAAACGGAAACCGCUGCGUGUCUCAUUUCCCCAAGGCCAGCAGCGUUCGACGUACUACCUCACGAUCCCGUAUAGAUGGAGCGUCCCCACGUUCGUGAUCUUUUCCGUCCUGCAUCUGCUUAUGUCCGAGGCAUUUUCGUACGUAGAGGUCAUGCCGUACAGCGUACAUGGUCACUUCGACGAGGAUAGACUUAUGCCCGCCAUUGCGGUGUCGAUCGUCGCAUCGGGCUUGUACAUGGGCAUCCUCGUCUACUGUUGGAUGCACAUGUACCUCGCGAUGCAUAUCAUCAGGUUCGACUACCCGCCUAUGCCGCUGGCGCUGAAUUGUAGUGCUGCGAUUAGCGCGGCUUGCCAUCCGCCUGAGAGCGACACCGAUGCUGCUGAGAAGCCAGUCAUGUGGGGUGAAGUCCAGCGAGAGAACAGUAUGGGCGGGGAUGGAGAUGAGCGGUACCGAUAUUGUAGCUUCUCUUCUCAAGAAGUGAUUGAAACAAUGUAUCCUAGUCAUGAUACACGGUCAUCGGACCCCAAUUUAAAGUCCUUACCCAAACACAUGCCUGUCUAUUCCAACUCAGCCUUCAGCUUCCUGAGCGGACGAAAACUAGCACCCAUUGGGAAAGACGCACCACAACGGUUCAACACCAACCUCCAAGCCCGACCAACCCACGAAUCAUAUCUCGCGGUGAACAUCCGAGUGUCCAGGCAGUUGGAUCAAGCAAUAGCCGGCCAGAAUCGGCUAGUCGACGCCCCUACCCCACUAGUCCAUUCCAAGUCCCCAUAG